CGACGUUACGGCGCCGCCAUUUUGUUUCACCGGGAGUAAAGAAACCAACCAGAAAAGCGCCGGCGUCAAUAUUUUCCUUUAUUAGAAGCAGCUUCAGCACGGCGGAUCAACAUCGUGCACCCAAGUUUAAAUACGCAUGAUGUCUGGAGACAUGGCCACAGAUCAUGUUAAUGGCAAUGGCACGGAGGAACCAAUGGACACUACCGCAGCGGUGACCCACUCAGAACACUUCUCAGCUUUGCUGGAAGCUGGUUUACCUCAGAAAGUUGCUGAGAAACUAGAUGAACUUUACGUAGCAGGCCUCGUAGCACAUAGUGACCUAGACGAAAGGGCUAUUGAAGCUUUGAAAGAAUUCAAUGAGGAGGGAGCCCUGCAAGUGCUUGUCCAGUUCAAAGAGAGUGAUCUGUCACAUGUGCAAAACAAAAGUGCCUUUCUGUGUGGGGUAAUGAAGACUUACAGGCAGAGGGAGAAACAAGGGACUAAAGUUUCAGAUUCCACUAAAGGACCAGAUGAGGCUAAAAUCAAAGAACUCCUGGACAGAACCAACUACACACUUGAUGUAACAACAGGCCAGCGAAAGUAUGGCGGGCCCCCCCCUGAGUCGGUGUAUGCAGGUGCCCAACCCAAUGUUGGAACAGAGAUAUUUGUUGGGAAGAUUCCACGAGACUUGUUUGAAGAUGAGCUGGUUCCUCUCUUUGAGAAGGCUGGGCCUAUCUGGGACCUCAGGCUAAUGAUGGACCCGCUGAGUGGCCUGAACAGGGGUUACGCCUUUGUCACCUUCUGCACUAAAGAAGCAGCCCAAGAGGCAGUGAAGCUGUGUAAUAAUCAUGAGAUUCGCCCUGGAAAGCACAUUGGGGUGUGUAUAUCUGUUGCCAACAACAGGCUAUUUGUUGGCUCUAUUCCCAAGAGUAAAACAAAGGAGCAGAUUGUUGAAGAGUUUGCUAAAGUCACAGAGGGUCUCAGUGAUGUCAUAUUGUACCAUCAACCCGAUGACAAAAAGAAGAACCGAGGCUUCUGCUUCCUAGAGUAUGAAGACCAUAAAACUGCUGCUCAGGCUCGCCGCCGGCUAAUGAGCGGCAAGGUGAAGGUUUGGGGCAACGUGGUGACAGUCGAGUGGGCCGAUCCCAUUGAAGAUCCUGACCCAGAGGUUAUGGCCAAGGUUAAGGUUUUAUUUGUGAGAAACCUUGCCAAUGGUGUCACAGAGGAGAUCCUGGAGAAGUCAUUUAGUCAGUUUGGAAAACUGGAGCGAGUUAAGAAGCUCAAAGACUACGCUUUCAUUCACUUUGAAGAGAGGGACGGUGCAGUAAAGGCAUUGGAAGAAAUGAAUGGGAAGGAGCUGGAGGGAGAGCCGAUUGAAAUUGUUUUUGCCAAACCACCAGAUCAGAAAAGGAAGGAGCGCAAAGCCCAGAGACAAGCAGCCAAAACCCAAAUGUAUGAUGAUUAUUACUACUACCCUCCCCCUCCCCACAUGCCUCCCCCUGUCAGAGGCCGGGGCAGAGGCGGCAACCGGGGUGGCUAUGCGUACCCCCCUGACUACUACGGUUACGAGGACUACUAUGACUACUAUGGCUAUGACUAUCACAACUACCGCGGAGGCUACGAUGACCCGUACUAUGGGUAUGACGACUUCCAGUCCCCAGGACGAGGCCGGGGUGGCAACAGGGGCGCCCGGGGCGGAUCCUCUCCAGCCAGAGGACGUGGUGGCGCCGGGGCACCCAGGGGCAGGGCCAACUUCUCCCAGCGUGGUGGACUCGGACCAGGCCGCGGCGGACGGGGCGCAAGAGGAGGCGUGCAGCCAAGAGGGCGAGGAGGGGUACGUGGUGCUCGGGGUGGCCGCGGUGGAAAUGUAGGAGGAAAGCGCAAAGCUGAUGGGUACAACCAGCCAGAUUCCAAGCGUCGCCAGACCAAUAAUCAGAACUGGGGCUCUCAACCCAUUGCUCAGCAACCGCUCCAAGGUGGUGAUCAUUCUGGUAACUAUUCCGGUUACAAAUCCGACAACCAGGAAUUUUAUCAGGAUUCUUUUGGGCAACAGUGGAAGUAAACCAGUAGGGCUUUGAUAACAAAAUACGUGUUUAUUGUUUUUGUUUUUGUCUUUUUAUUUAGAGACUUGAUCUGAUUGGCCCUCAAUCCCAUACGGUUGCCUGCGUUUUUUCCUCAAAAUUGGUGACAUCUGGCAAGAUAUCUUUUUGUACAUAUUUUAAUAAUCCGCUUGGACUCAAACAGUAGUCACACUCCCACCUGUUUCUGGCGAACUGGUUUUCUUUUUUCUUUCUUUCUUUUUUCCUUUUUUUUUUAAGAUGGUCGUUAAAAGAUUUUCCAUAACAAAGUUUGAAAAAAAAUUUUUAGAUGCAAAUAUGUGCUCGAGCUGUCUAUUUGGCUAUAGCUUUAUGUAUGUUUUUAGAAAUUCUGGUUUUCAUGUUUUACGUAGCUAACAGCAACAAAGCAUAUGUCUCCUAAACAUGUAUUUAAAACAAAUGAAAAUACAAUUUGUAUUGUCACAAAGUAAUGCGUGUCUUGUUAUUGAAAAGAAAAAAAAAAAGGACCAUCGUAGUCCUAUUUUUUGGCUUUACAUUUUGGCUUGUAUUCUUUGCUGUUUGUCUGCUUUAAUAAACAUACACGCACACGUGUACAAAACUUCAAAUUGUGUUGCAAAUUCAUGUUUCGGCAAAUUCUCUCUUCAAAUUGCCUUCAAAUUUAAGGCUCCUUGUGGAAGAAAAUGGAUUAAAGGUUUGCCAAUGUUGGCCACAUGCUACAGUGUCACCUUGCAUGCCAUCAAAUUCCAAAUCACCUGUAGUCGGCAUCUCUCAAGUGCUCUGUAUAUGUAGUGACAUACUUCAUCCUUAUGAGUUCCUCUCAUGUCCAAAAACAUAAAUGUUUCACAAAUUGGUGUCCUAAAUUCACUGUCAAUGCAGCAUAAAGACUAAACGCCACCCCCGACAAUUCUGUCAUACAAGUACCUUUUGUUACUAGUGGGGGGAAUAAAAGCACAAUUUGAUUUAUUAAUUUGAAAGUGAAGCUUUUCCUUGUCCCAGAAGGAUCUACCUAGCUGUUGAAGGCCUGGAUACUAAUCUUGCAUGUUUAUCUGGAGGUUUGAUAUUGUGCUAUUGUGGGAGAUAACUGCCAUGCAUGACCCGCUUGUAGUGUUUUUGUUCCGUUUGCUUUCUCGAUAUAAUGGCUGCUCUUAACUGCCCCCCACCCCUCCCCUCCUCCCUCUCUCUGCCUGUCUGAGCGUGUCCACGUUUCACCUGCCGCACCUCAAACUUUUUUAAGUUUUAUCGUCCAAACCAGGCCGAGUCUCUGCUUGUCGUCCUCCUUUAAGGCAUUGACAUGUGCAUGUUAAAUCAGGGGGUGUGCAAGUCUGUGAGAAUGCUUUGUCUUAUGUAUGCAAAUCCAUGUUUUACUUGUCACACAGUUCUCCCUCUACAGUUAUACUGAGUGCAAGUGUGUGAGCGUGAGGGAAGCAGAACAGUAGAUGUGUGUGUAGAUGUAAUAUGAUCCUGUUUUCCAUUCUCUAAUUGCUUCCUUUUGUUACCUGACUAGCAGGGAAAAGGGGUCGAGGCCGGUCCUGAUGUGUCGCUAUGAAGACUGACCGGUGUAUGACGUUGCACACUGCAGGCUACCAGUGGAUGGAAUGGUAAGGUCACCUGACUCAGUGGUCCAAUGGCAUUCCAGCCUUUUUAAGGAGCAGAUCUCCUGAAACUGCCAUGUUUGAAGAUAAUCAGAAGAGCAAACUUGAUUUUAAUUUUUUCUUUCUUUUUUU